AUGGGAUGUUUUUGUUCGAAGCGAAGAGAGAAGAAGGUCGCUAAACGAACAACAUCUGCCUAUCUUGGACUUGCUAUGAUUGAGGCAAAUAAAGCAGCAGCGUUGAUGGUUGGUAAUGCAUGUUCGGAGGAUUUACAACAAGAAAUAGCUGAGCGCUUGAUUCGUAAGGCGAAAAAUGACGGUUGUACAGUAUCGGUGGUUGAUGGGUGCCUAUACAUCGAUUAUAAAUUUGUUGGAUCUUUACCACCUGGAGUACUUUUGUAG